AUGGGGACGGACAAGGAACGAAAAGAGAAGAAGAAUCGCAGGGAUAAAUAUCGACGAUCUUCAAGAACGAAAAGACCAACAACACUGACGAAGUUUAGAGAUCCUUUGGCUUCCAACUUGUGUGGAAGUACGUAUGUUCGAGCGUAUAGACUCGGCGCCGCUCUUCGUCGGCUCGCCGUAUGCGAGGGAGUUCUGACUGGCCUGUGCGGUCCUUCCACCACUACUAUCACUACCACUACUACCGUCAGUACCACUACUACCACGACGACGACGUCGCGGACGACUGUUACCAAUAUACUACCACACCAUCGGACUACCGUCUAUCGGAGACACAAGGAUGCGGCACUUCCAGCAGUGGCUGGACACGAGAUCGAGAAGAAGAAAAAGAAGAAGAAAAGGAGGAGGAGGAGGAGGAGGAGGAAGAGGAGGAGGAAGAGGAGGAGGAGUGUCGACUGUGUCGGCUCUCGACGAAACGCGACGCGCCGUAUCGACUCUCGUAGUAGGGGUGGGGUAAGAGGAACUGGCUUCUUCUCGAAUAUCGCCUUCGUCGUCGUGGCGAUGAUGGAGGGUUGGAAUGGAACGGUUGGGAAAGAGGAGAAGAGAAGGAACGCUCUUUUCGGUCCAAGUGCUACAGGUGCAGUGGAGCCUGAGAGCGAAGCACUCGUUAAAUGCGCCACGAUGCACCUGCCGCGGCAUCAUUCAUUGCCUCUAUUUUCCUCUCAUUCUAUUUAUCUCUCUUUCUCUCUCAAACUCUUUCCAGUCCCAUCGGCAACACGAUCCAAACGUGCCAUCAUCUUCGAGUCCCCUUGACUCUCCCCUCUGUCUUUCCUUCUCAUUCUUUCUUUCUUUCUUCUUUCCUUCUUAUUUUUCGUUUUCUCUCUCUCUCUCUCUUUCUUUUUUUUCUUUCCUUCCUUCUCAUCUUCGUUUCCAUUAUUACCACUCGACAUCUUCUCCCCUCUUAAUCUCUUGCGUUUCCUUCGUGACCAUCCAUGUCCCAGCUCAGUCCCAAUGCGAAAGAAUCUAUAUAACGUUACUCUUCACUGGAUUCGCAGACAAGGUCGGAAUCUUUUGCAAUCGAGGCCAACAGAGAAACGAGCUAUUGGAAUUUGAAAUUGAUAUAAAUACUCGCAUUCAUCGUUCAUCUAUUGUUAAUUUAUAUUCUUUCUAUCUGAUCUUAACGAUUUAAUUCUAUAAUCGUUCGAUUCUGCAACAUUGUAGGAAAAAGAAAAAAGAAAAGAAAAAGAUACUUUAAGAAUAAAACGUCCAAGAAUUUUAUCAGGAGGUAUUAAGUGUUAGACGAGGAAAAGGGAGAUAUAAAUGAUGAAAAGAAGAAUCAAAACAAUAAUGUGACAAAUUAUUAUAGAGUUUUAUUCGAUCGAUUCUUUGAUUUCUAUGAAUGAAUAAACGACUAUAUAAAUUCUUCACCCAAUGAUUUCGAAUUCUGUCGAAUUGUUCUCCUUUUACGCGACGCAAUUUAGGUAAAAUGAAACGAUAAUAAGAGCUCCUAUUGACCUUCGUAUCCUUUCCCAAGAGAAUCGUGUUUUAUUCUUGUUAGAUCUUAUCCCAACAAAUCGAUUACUAUAAGAAA